UAAAAACUGCAAAUCUUCACGUGUCUUCUCUUUUGAUCCAUCACAUGUUCUCUCCUUUCUUUGCCUCUCUCUGCAAAUCUAAUCCUUUCUCUUUUUGUAAUUCAUCUUCCCCAAAAGAAACCCUUUAAAAUUUAUAUACAUAUAUACAUAUAUAUAUAUAUCCACCUACACGACUUUGGCAUGGACAAGAAGAAGAUUGUUGCUGCUUCAACUUCAUCUUCUUCGUCUUUCGACCAUAUAUUUGGUCCACGAGUCUCUUCAUCACCUUCUUCAUCAUCCACUGGAUUGUUCAAAUCCAUCUUCCCACCACCCUCUGCGGGUAUGUUGGGGAGGCAAGUGAACUUUGCAAGUCAAGGUGGACAAGUGAAGUAUCAAACUCCAUAUGAAAGAGGUGAAAGAAGCAACAAAAAGGAGAAAAAGAGUUACCAUAAUGAGGAAACAGAACCACCAUGCCACUUGAGCUCAUCCAUUUACUAUGGAGGCCAAGAGAAAUAUUCCUCUACAACGACUACCACCAAAGAUACUUACAAGCAAGAUGGCGAGGAAGGCGAUUCCAAAAGCGCAUCGAGAGGAAACUGGUGGCAAGGGUCGCUUUAUUACUAGCAUGAACUGCAUGUAAUGCAAUCCUGAUUUUGAGGAAUUAAGAGACAUAUCCUGGUCUAAUAUCUUAAUAUGAAAAUUUAAGGGUGGCUAUAUGAUUAAAAAGGAGAGUAGUAGUAUAUUACACUAUAUAAACGUCCUUACUAAAUUAAAGAGUGUAUUGUAUAAAAAGAAGAGUGACUUGUUCUUGACAUGUCGAUUUGUUCUGUUUUACGCAAAACGCAACACUAAGACAAGCCUCUGUCUGAUGAUAUAUAUAUUAAUGUUUGUCUAAUAGUGUCUAUGUGAUGUGAUCCUAUAUAUAUAUGAUGCAUUAUUGCUAUAUGAAUGAUUGUAAUAGUAGUACUUUCUAUUUAUAUAUCAUAACGAAUAAAAGCAUAAAUCUAU